AUGGAACCAACCGCAACCGCUACCAUCUUUGCCCUCGACGAUCUUAUCCGCAAGGAAACCGAACUUGCGGAUAUGCUUCGCACCACCAUAAGCGCAUCCACCACACCACAAUAUAACCCUACUAACACCACUGAUGAGCCGAUGGAUGUCACAUCCAUCAGAAACCCUACCCUAACACCACCGCAUAUGUCCGGAGGCUCAUCACCACCAUACCCUGCUGCGGAUACCAUGAAUGUACAACUCCGCAAGGUAGAGCUGCCUACCUUUGAUGGGGAUUUCUCCAUCUAUUACGAUUUUUGGGCCAAAUUCAAGACCGCGGUCCACGACAAUCCAUCCCUAUCCACCGCUGCCAAAUUUAUCCAUCUUAGUAGCAGCCUUAAAGGUAGCGCCGCACUUGUUGUACAGGGGUACGACAUAACCGAUCCCUCCAACUACCACCUAGCCAUUGAAGUCCUACGCAGACGGUAUGACCGUCCGCAGUUCACCCAUAAUUUCUUUUUGCAGAAAUUAGAGAACUUGCCAGCGUCGUCUGCCGCCGCUUCAUCGCAGAGGGACACGUUAUGCCAGAUCCAAGCAUGUAUCCUGCAGCUCAACCGCAUCGAGGACACGUCAACAUCGCUAUCGCUCAAGAAGCUCAUUCGCAGCAAGUUCCCACAAGAGACUCAGCUGGAAGUGAACAGGAUGGAACACCGGUCAGGUACGAUUUGGAAGAUGCAUGAGUUUCUUGCUGGUAUUGAUGUGUUUAUUCAAGAACUUGAGAAGCUUGACGAUAGCCACUGUCCUCCACCUAGCCACGAUCAACCCUAUUCCGCAUUAUCCACCACAUACCGCAACCGCUCACCAUCUCCAUAA